ACAGUCUUAAUUGUCUCUAGCAUGAGAUACUGAGCCACGGACGCUUAAUUGAAAUUAAAACCGUUUGUUUGCUUUUAAAACGCAAAUACUGUCGGCUGGGAAAACACGAACUCGAUUGCCUAAAAGUACACGGGCACUUGUGUGUUUCUGUUUUCAAAAAUAUUUUGCGCUUUGAUCAAGAGUUUCUUAGAAAAUAUACUAUAUCCCAAUAUCGCAUAUAGUAAUAUGCAAAAGUGUGUGUUUAUUGGCUUCAUUUAAUUAAAAGGACUAGUAUAGCAACUUGUUGCAAAUAAGUGCCUUUUUAAAAAUCUUAUAUAUGUGCUUUUGUGCAUACUUUUGAAAAAUUAGUGAAUUAAUACAAUCCAAGAAAAUAUUUGUGAAAAAUUGUAAAAAUAAUAUGUAGAGGUGCACAUAAGUUAAAAAGUCAACCAAUUUGUGAAAGUAAAUCUUUUAAGAUUGUAGUGAAAAUGAUUUCGAAGCUGUGGAUUCUUAUUUGCGCGACUCAACUUGUUAUCAUUAAUGGUAACUAUGACCCAGCUUUUACGGGUAUAAAGACCAGACACCACCAUCGCGCUUAUUCAACUGUUGAGCAGGAGCCAUAUACAAAUACGCAGCAGCAGCCGCCGUAUGAAUCUGGACCGACUACCAAUUAUGGCAAUAGAAAUUACGGUGUCAGUUCAGUGAGGUUAUCAAAUACAUACCAACACCAUGAUGGAGCACACACUCACCAGCAGCCGUCAUACAACCACCACCACCACCAACAGCCAAGUCAGCAACAACAACAGCAACAUCAACAACAACAACAAACCUCGCAACAAGUUGACGCUUAUCAGCAACGCGAAUUACCGCUAUAUAAUCGCAAUGCACACGUGCGUCACUCACCAUCGCCAACACAACGCUCCGAGCGCAGAGAGAACGUUUUGAGCGGCGUAGCCAACACUAUACCAGACUACGGUACCGGUUGCCCGCCACAACACACAGGACCGGUGCCGUAUGCUUAUGAUUGUCGGCGUUUUGUCAACUGCUGGCAUGGACGUGGUCACAUACAGAGCUGUGGUCCCGGUACGGUCUUCAAUCCGGAAACUCUCGAAUGCGAUCGGCCGGACAAAGUUGUUUGCGGUGGUUCGCAUACGAAUGGCGAGCGCAGAGAGCAACAAACCACACUGCAAAGCGCAACGCAGCAAAACAAAUAUCGCGCCGGGCGUUUAAUAGACGGGAGCACAGACAGCGUGCAAUCACUUUGUCCGAAUGGCUUCAGUGGUUUGGCGCCGCAUCCAACUGAUUGCACGAAGUUUCUGAAUUGCGCGAAUGGCAAUACACACGUUCAAAACUGUGGACCCGGUACUGCUUUCAGUGCUUCGAAGAAGGUGUGCGAUUUCAAGGACAAAGUUGAUUGCAGCGAUCGUGCGAAUGCGGCAUAUGGAGCAUCGAACAACCGGGAUAGCCGUCAGUAUGAUGAAGUGUUUUGUCCUGCCGGCGCGAGUGGUUUAUACCCACAUCCUUACGACUGCACGCGUUUUCUCAAUUGCGCACACGGCCAGAUGGCGAUACAAUCCUGUGGACCUGGUACAGCCUUUGAUCCAGCCAAGUUGAUAUGUGAUUUCCUGCAUAAAGUUAACUGUACGAGUACAACAACAAUCAAGCGUAAAUCCAAUUUAAACUAUGUGGACACGAGUGUCAAGCAGAAUGCGUUGGAAGGAGAAGUGGCCAAGGAAGAAGGUGAUAUAUUCUGUCCACCCGGUGUGUCCGGACACUUUCCAUAUCCUUUUGAUUACACCAAAUUCAUAAACUGCAAAAAUGGCAAUACGGCGAUACAAAACUGCGUGUCUGGCACUGCGUACAGCAUAUCGAGGAAUUACUGUGAAUCCAAAGAGAAUAUGCCUCGCACCGAUCACGUCGCGUAUAUAGUGUCCGAAGUGAGUUAUGAAUAUUCUUUGACGAUUGUCAGUUGCCCACCAUCCACCGAUGGCCGACACUUAUAUCCAUAUGAUUUCACCAAAUAUGUAAGCUGCCGACAAGGACAUAUGAGCAUAAUCGCUUGUGCAGCGCAAAAUGUAUACAGUUUCUCUGAGAGGAGAUGUCUGCCUGAGCAUCAAGUGAAUAUCGGCGAUCGCGUACGAAGUGCUUGGGAACUUCAAUAUAACGUCGAGCACACUGUUUCCAAGAGUGCCGCAUUAAAUCACUUGAAUGAGUUGCUUGAGUGCCCCCAAGGCCAAACUGGCUUGUACCCGCAUCCUUUUGAUUACAAAAAAUAUCUGCAAUGUCUUGACGGUAGGUUGACCAUCGAAAGUUGCGCUUCGGGCUAUGUUUUCAGUUUGUCUUCAAAACACUGUGAUCCAAAAGAUUUGGUUAGCAGCAAUGAACUGGUACAACUAACACAUGAUAUUGGACAGAUUACUGAAUCUGCAGAGGAGAAUGACUACUUUAGUAAUAAUCCGGGAGGCAUAUACUUGCUGUGCCCCCAGCAUGUAAGAGGACUCUUCCUAUAUCCUUUCGAUUGCACUAAAUACUUGGGGUGUCGCGAUGGUCAAGGACAAGUAGAAAACUGUGUUGCUGAUAAAGUCUUCAGUAUAUCGCGUAGGGAAUGUAUUAAUCGUAAUCAUGUUGAUGCAUAUGAUCGCGUCGAAUAUUUAAGUGAAGUUUCGCAUGAAUUCUCAACAGAAUUGAAGGGAACUAAAAAUCAAUUGUAUGAGCCCAACUGUUUGGGUUUGGGUGCUGACGGACUAUAUCCACAUGCCUACGAUAAUACGAAGUUUAUAAAAUGUGUAGCUGGACAGGCAACCGUUGAGGUUUGCAACAACGGAAUGAUUUUUAGUAAAUCCAGAAAAUAUUGCGAUUAUGCACGGAAUGUUUACGAAUAUGAUAGUGGAAAUGAUGGCUAUAAUACAUUAACUAAGGAUCACUGGGUUCAAGAUAACACAAAUACAUUAACUAAGGAUCACUGGGUUCAAGAUAACACAAAUACAUUAAGUGAGGGCAAAACUGCGGACGAUGGUAUAGACGUGCACAUUGUUUGCCCACCUAAUUCGGUGGGGAUGUAUCCGCAUCCAAAUGAUUGCAGGAAAUUCUUUUCAUGUGCCAAUGGUAUAGCACAUAUCAAGGACUGUAGUCCGGGUACUGCGUGGAGUGUAGAGAUGGAAGUCUGUGACUUUGAGAAAAAUGUAAAUUGUACGGGACGCACGAAACCAUAUACAGCGGAUGACAGUGUAUUAACAGAGAACAAGGUGUCAUGUCCAUUUAAUGCAAAUGGUUUAUUCUUACAUCCAUUUAAUGCUUAUCAAUACAUUGAGUGUACAAAUGGUGAAACUAGUCUACGAAAGUGUCCACCAGGAAGUGUGUUCAGUAUUUCGAGGAGGUUGUGCCUCGUAGAAGAACAAGUCACUAACUUGGAUCAUGUAAUGUGUAUACAAGAAUAUAUAACGGAUAUUACUCUGCAUUAUAAUUACGUCAUCUGUCCGGCGAACGCACUUGGCUACUUCAUUUAUCCUUUUGACGGAUUACUAUUUAUUGAAUGCAAGGCCGGUCAUACAAUCAUACAGAACUGUGGACCGAAUAUGUUAUUUAGCUUAUCAAAUAUGAUUUGUAUACCCUCAGCCGAAGCAAAAGACACGGAUCAUAUGUGGUUAAGUUCAGUCGGACAGAGUGCUUAUAAUGGUUUUGCUGCUUAUGACCAUAGUCGAGAUUGGGGUGCAGUAGAUACGACGGGUUCGGGUGCACACACUCUCAACAUUGAACACACCGUUCAGACCGCAGCAUGUCCAGCUGAUGCCACAGGUCUUUACCCUCAUCCAACUGACUGCACAAAAUAUUUACGAUGUGCCAAUGGCAUCACUUAUAUAAUGGAUUGUGGUCCUGGUACAGCUUUCAAUGCUGCACUCGAGGUGUGUGAUUUUAAAGAGAAAGUUGACUGUCCACAUAGUGUGGAGUUUAAUAAUGUAGCUUUGGGCCAUAGCAGAGAUCCUAUCAGUCAGACCAUUGCAUGUCCUGAAGGCGCCACUGGUUUAUAUCCUCAUCCUCUGGAUUGUAGAAAGUUUCUUAAUUGCGCUAAUGGCAUAACAAAUAUACAAGAUUGCGGUCCCGGCACUGCCUGGAAUGCAAAACUGGAAACUUGCGACUUUAUAAAGAACGUCGAUUGUUCAGAUACUCACAACGUUUAUGGACAUAAUCCCAAUACUAAUUACCAAUCUCCGCCAGCACAAUCAAACUACCGGGGUUCAACACAAAUCGGCUGGAGACAGCAAUACGAUGAGCAUAGUAGUUCUUCUCAGCGAGGAACUGCAAACGAUAGACGAGCUUAUGGUAGUGGUUCAUCAGCGGGCAACCAUGGAGAUCGUUGGUCCAACAUGGACGUGCAGCGCCCUAUACCUGGUGACGCAACUUACAGUGGUACAUAUAGUGCGGAUUACGAUCGACAAGAGCGUCUACCUACAUACGGCAGAGAAUUACAACAAAGCAGUGGUUCAAGUGAUUGGAUCGCUGCUGGCUCUGCAAUUGAUCGUCAAACGCCUACACAAAGCGUUAUCUACGAAGAAGGCUCACUGCAACCAAAUCGUAAUUAUAAUACUUUCAGCACAUAUACCACUCCUCUAGCACCUUUCAAACCCGAGCCCAUACCUACUUCAUCAGUUAAUACUAAUUUAGUUGCAAAUGAGGAAACGAACAUUUACUAUGCACAACCCGUUGGCUCUGGAGAAAAUACUGAGGAAGUAUUUGACGAUCCUAAAAUAACUACACAAUCCUCAAAUCGUUCGCCAUUUGUUCCAAAUAACAACAAUUUCGAACAAAACCCUAACAAAUGGAUUGCAAUACCUAAUCAAGUGCUUUUGCCACCGAAGCGCACUACUGAACCGCAAACGGAAUCACAAGAUUUUCCGUCACAAAAUAUCUUUACACCAGGAUCUUAUAUUACGCCCCCACCCGGAGAUACCCGUAGUUCUCCGGUGGAUGGUCCGACAUUUGUACCGCAAAACAAUUUUGAUUCUUCUAACCUAUAUGGCGGUUUGCAACCCCCGCCACCACCAGCUCCCACAAUCGCUCAAACUCCAUUACCCCAUAUUUCAAACCCUAUUCACAAAUUGGAACCAUCGAAUCCAACCAAAGGUCGACCCUCCGGUAGAUCCAUAGACGAAAUCGAACCUAUCAGAGCUUUCAGCACGAAUGCUCAGGGUAAACCACAUUUACUUUCUUCUCCUUCUAGCUCGAAUGUUUAUAAAACAGAUAUUUCCACGAGUACACCUGCAACUUACCUUCAACCACCUGCAUUACCCACACCUGCUGCUGCCACUGCAACCAAACCUUAUUCGACGGCUUCAACACGUUUAAAGCCUGUCCCUGUACACAAUUUGCUACAAAAUACAACUAUAGCAAUGUUUCCCAAAGACCCCCACUAUAGUGGUUCAUAUUCAAAUGUUGUGCAUGCAAGUCCCCCUAGGUCUGUUGAUUUUCAAGACGUGCAGAAUUCGGAAGAUUUGGUUAUGGCUGAUGCUUUGCGUCUACUUCUGCGUCCCUACUUUAAUCGUAGUGGUACUAUUUCAGAAGAAAAUGCCGACAUAGCCGAGUCUCAUAUAAUGAAGCUCUCGCCCACACUAACUUCACACACAUCCGUCAUAACUGCAUCAACAGAUAGGACUAGCAAAAACUCACCAGUUGGUGCGGAAAAUGAAAAGGAGGUUGAACUUAUACUUGCAGGUGAGCAACACAGUUUGACCACAAUCCCAACCCAGAACAGCACACACGAUACACGUACUGAGUUUUAUUCUAAAAAUACAAGACAAGAAUCGAAGACUAAUUCCAAUUGGCACAAUCACGAACAUAGUCGCGAAUUUCAUCGUAAACAUCCAAAUUUACUCAAUCCCUUUAAUGAGGACGAACAAACAACUACUCAUACACAUCAUCGCCACAGUCAUAAUAGGGCGUAUCAUCAGAGACAUCCUGAACUACCAAAUCCGUUUGCAACACCCGAAGCACCACAGAGCACCACCAAUUUUGAAUUGAGUAAUACAAAUGUACCAAAUCCACAUGCAGAGUCCACGACUCCAUUCAGUGUGAGACCCGGCACAGAUGUGAGGGUAGGAGAUACUGAUUGUCAGUUUGAUUGUGGAAAUGGCAAUUGUGUAAAAACUCAUGACGUUUGUAACGGUAUCAAUAAUUGUGGCAAUCGUAAGGAUGAAGAGAACUGCAAACACUUGGGUUAUGAAGUACGUCUGACUGGAGGUGAAACUUCGAACAUGGGACGUAUUGAGGUUAAAUUACUUGGUAAAUGGGGCUACGUGUGUGACGACAAAUUCGGUCUAAGUGAUGCUGAAGUGGUGUGUCGAGAAUUGGGCUUCAAAUUGGGAGCCAGCGAAGUACGCGGCUUCUCAUAUUAUCCACCAACAACGGCGGACGUAUCAUUUGCGAUGGACGAAGUGGAAUGUCGUGGCGAUGAAGCGUCACUAAAAGAGUGCAACUUUAAAGGUUGGGGUGUUAGCAACUGUGGACCCGACGAAGUGGUCGGUGUGGUUUGUAAGGUGCCACAACUUAAAUGCCCCAACAACUAUUGGCUAUGCAGCACCUCACAAGAAUGCAUACCACCAGCGUUUCUAUGUGACAAUACACCAGAUUGUGCUGAUAAAUCGGAUGAGAGUGAGAAUGUUUGCAAUUCUCCCAUCAAAUAUCGACUGCAAGGCGGCCCCAGUCCCAACGAGGGACGUCUCGAAGUACGGUAUCGUGGUGAGUGGGGAACUGUAUGCGACGAUGAUUUCGGCCUGAAGGAGGCACAAGUUAUGUGCAACUCAAUGGGCUUCUAUGGAACAACGACCAUAGUUAAGAAUAAAUAUGGGCCUGGGAGCGGACCCAUUUGGUUGGAUCAAGUCUCUUGCUAUGGCAAUGAAACCACACUGGAUCAGUGUAAUCAUUUUACAUGGGGCGAACAUAAUUGUAAUCACACCGAGGAUGUUGGCUUAAAGUGUACACUGGGUGUACCACCUCAAAAGAUCGUCACACCGCCACAGGUGAACGAUUAUGAGAACACACAAAGAGAAUUGGAUGAAACACAACAACAAUUAGAAGAUAUUGGCUUAUUUUCUGAGCAAUGGGAGCGUAAGAGCAAGGCGGUGGGCGAGCAAAGACGCUGUGGUCAGUUCAAAAACGAUAUUCUCGACGAAUAUUCACAUCCCGAAGAGCGUGUUGUGAACGGUAGCAUUGCGAAGCGUGGCCAUCAUCCCUGGCAAGCUACAAUACGCACACGUGGCAGAGGUGGCAUAUCGAGCCAUUGGUGUGGCGCCGUACUGAUUUCCUCCAGACAUCUGCUAACUGCUGCGCAUUGCCUCGCCGGUUAUCCAAAAGGAGCCUACCUUGUGCGCCUGGGUGAUCACUAUGCGAACAUAGCAGAAUCCUCGGAAGUUGAUUCGUUCAUUGAGAACUGGUAUGUACACGAAAAGUUCCGUGAUGCCACCCAUAUGAAUAAUGAUAUUGCUGUGGUUGUGUUGAAAACGCCGGUGAAAUUCAACGAUUACAUUCAACCGGUGUGCCUACCGAACAAGGGUGCAGCGCUGGAAGAGAAUCGCAAAUGCACAAUAUCCGGCUGGGGCUCCAUAAAGUCCGGUGUUUCGACACCCUCAAAUAUUCUUCGCGCAGCUGAAUUGCCAAUUUUGUCCGAUGAAGUGUGUAAACAAAAACAUGUCUAUGGCUCAUCUCUCACUGAGGGCAUGUUCUGUGCCGGUUAUAUGGAUGAGAGCGUCGAUGCCUGCGAUGGGGAUUCCGGUGGCCCGCUGAUCUGUCAUGAUGAAGAUGGUGAAACCUUGUAUGGUAUAAUUUCAUGGGGCCAACACUGCGGUUAUGCAAAUAAGCCGGGCGUUUAUGUGCGCGUCGAGAAAUAUGUCGAUUGGAUAUUGGAAAAAAUCAAUUUUUCCAUGCAAAAGAAUAAUAAAUUAUAAAAAACUCAGUUAAGAUAUUCUAAAAUUUUUAUACUCUUAUAUACUUAUUAGUUUAGAAAUGCUUGCAUGAAAAAUGUAUGUAACAAAAUGUAUAUAGACAAAAUAAAGGGAAAUGCAAAGUGAAAUUACAAAAAAAAUA